GCCACGCAGAGCCGACCCUAUUUAAUGGUCCGCUCCCCACAGCUUACAGCCAUCCUCUUUCUUUCCUUGCUACAGGCUCACAGCUCACAGAAAGCAACCUGCCCUUGGGGCCGCUGCACGAAUGGGAGCCUUGGGUUCGCUUUGGGUUUUCUUCAGUCUCAUCACUCCAGGAGUUCUUGGUCAGUGUAAGUCGCUGCCCAAGUAUCCUUUUGCUAAGCCUUCUAUUGGGAGUAAUAAGUCUGAGUUUGCUGUUGGAACAACUUGGGAAUACAAAUGCCUCCCUGGUUAUUUUAGGAAGUCAUUUAUUAUCACCUGCUUAGAAACUUCCAUGUGGUCAGAUGCUCAGCAGUUCUGUAAACGUAAAUCAUGUAUGAAUCCUCAAGAACCUCUCCAUGGUUCUGUGCAUAUAAACAUGGGUAUCGCGUUUGGGUCAACCAUUACAUAUUCUUGUAAUAAAGGAUAUCGACUCAUUGGUGACUCAUCUGCUACAUGUAUUAUAUCAGACAAUACUGUAAUGUGGGAUAAUGGUGCACCUUUUUGUGAAUCUAUUCCUUGUGAGUCACCUCCAGCCAUCUCCAAUGGAGACUUCUACAGCAGCAGCAGAGACAGCUUUUUCUAUGGGAUGGUAGUAACUUAUUAUUGCCAUACUGGAAAGAAUAGGGAAAAACUGUUUGAUCUGGUGGGUGAGAAGUCAAUAUAUUGUACCAGCAAAGACAAUCAAGUUGGCAUCUGGAACAGUCCACCUCCUCAGUGUAUUGCUAUGGUCAAGUGUCCAGUGCCAGAAAUUAAAAAUGGAGAUGUGGAGUCUGGAUUUAAACACUCCUACUUCUUAAAUGAUACAGUAAUAUUUAAGUGCAAGUCUGGCUUUACCAUGAAAGGCAGCAGAAUAGUAUGGUGCCAGCCAAACAGCAAAUGGAGCCCUCCACUGCCAACAUGCUUCAGGGGAUGUCUACCACCUCAAAAUAUCCUUCAUGGUGAUUAUAACAAAAAGGAUAAGGAAUUCUUUUCUGUUGGCCAGAAAGUGUCAUAUAGCUGUAAACCUGGCUAUACUCUCACUGGAACUAAUCUUGUGGAGUGUACAUCCUUGGGAACCUGGAGCCAUACAGUCCCGACAUGUGAAGUACAAUCAUGUGAUGCCAUUCCAAACCAACUUCUCAAUGGCCAUGUGUUUCUUCCCCCUAAUCUCCAGCUUGGGGCAGAGGUUUCCUUUGUUUGUGACAUAGGGUUCCAUUUAAAAGGCAAAUCUUCUAGUCAGUGUGUUCCAGAAGGAGAGACAGUAAUCUGGAAUAAUAAGUUUCCUGUCUGUGAACAGAUUUCUUGUGACCAUCCUCCUGAAGUCAAAAAUGCUCGGAAACUCUAUUAUUCUCUUCCCAUACCUCUUGGAACUGUGCUGAGGUAUACUUGUUUACUUGGCUACCGCCUCAUUGGAGAAAAGACUAUCAUUUGUACAAGUAAAGAUCAAGUGAAUGCCACCUGGGAUAAAGCUGCUCCUAGAUGUGAAUCUGUGAAUAAAAAAGUUGUUUGCUCAGAGCCCAUAGUACCAGGGGGACUCAGGGAUAAAGGAUCUAGACCACCAUUCAGACAUGGUGAUUCUGUGACAUUUACCUGUAAAGCCAACUUCACCAUGAAAGGGAGCAAAACUGUCUGGUGCCAGACAAAUAAAAUGUGGGGACCAACAGCACUGCCAGUCUGUGAGAGUGAUUUCCCUCUGGAGUGCCCAUCACUUCCAACGAUUCAUAAUGGACACCACACAGGACAGCAUGUUGACCAGUUUGUUGCGGGGUUGUCUGUGACAUACAGUUGUGAACCUGGCUAUUUGCUUAUUGGAAAAAAGACAAUUAAGUGCUUAUCUUCAGGAGACUGGGAUGGUGUCAUCCCGACAUGCAAAGAGGCCAAGUGUGAACAUCCAGGAAAGUUUCCCAAUGGGCAUGUAAAAGAGCCUUUGAGUCUUCAGGUUGGCACAACUGUGUACUUCUCCUGUAAUGAAGGGUACCUACUACAAGGACAACCCUCUAGUCAGUGUGUAAUUGUUGAACAGAAAGCCAUCUGGACCAAGAAGCCAGUAUGUAAAGAAAUUCUCUGCCCACCACCUCCACCUGUUCUUAAUGGAAGACAUACAGGCAGCUUUUCAGAAAAUGUACCAUAUGGAAGCACAGUUACCUACACCUGUGACCCAAGCCCAGAGAAAGGAGUGAACUUCAUUCUUAUUGGAGAGAAGACUAUCAAUUGUACUAUCAAUAGUCAGAAGACUGGGAUCUGGAGUGGCCCUCCUCCACAUUGUGAACUUUCAACUUCUGCAGUUCAGUGUCUACAACCCAAGAUCAAAAGAGGGCAAAUGCUACCUAUUUUGAAAGAGAGUUAUUCAUAUAAUGACACUGUGGUAUUUUCUUGUGAACCUGGCUUCACCUUGAAGGGCAGCAGGAGAAUUCGAUGCAGUGCCCAUGGCACAUGGGAGCCACCAGUACCAGUGUGUGAAAAAGGAUGUCAGGCUCCUCCUAAAAUCAUCAAUGGGCAAAGAGAAGAUAGAUACUUGCUCAACUUUGACCCUGGUACAUCCAUAAGAUAUAGCUGUGAUCCUGGCUAUUUACUGGUGGGAGAAGACACUAUACAUUGCACACCUGAAGGGAAGUGGACACCCAUCCCCCCCCAGUGCAAAGUUGCAGAGUGUAAGCCAGUAGGACCACAUCUCUUUAAGAGGCCUCAGAAUCAGUUUAUUAGGACAGCUGUUAAUUCUUCUUGUGAUGAAGGGUUCCAGUUAAGUGAGAGUGCAUAUCAACUGUGUCAAGGUACAAUUCCUUGGUUUAUAGAGAUCCGUCUUUGUAAAGAAAUCACCUGCCCACCACCUCCUAUUAUCCACAAUGGGACACACACAGGGAGUUCUUCAGAAGAUGUCCCAUAUGGAACUGUGGUCACAUACAUGUGCUAUCCUGGGCCAGAGGAAGGAGUAAAAUUCAAACUCAUCGGGGAGCAAACCAUCCACUGUACAAGUGAUAGCAGAGGAAGAGGCUCCUGGAGUAGCCCUGCUCCUCUCUGUAAGCUUUCCCUCCCAGCUGUCCAGUGCGCAGACGUUCAUGUUGCAAAUGGAUUCAAGCUCACACACAAUGGAGCCCCAUAUUUCUACAAUGAUAGUGUGACAUUCAAGUGUCAUAAUGGAUACAUUUUGAGUGGAAGCAGUCAGAUCCGGUGUAAAGCCAAUAACACCUGGGAUCCUGAAAUACCACAUUGUGAAAAAGAAGGAUGUGAGCCUAUGAGAGAACUUCAUGACCUUCCAGAUGAUUCACAUAUAGAAGUAGUGAAUAGAACUUGCCAAAAUGGGUACCAGUUGACUGGAUAUACUUAUAAGAAGUGUCAAAAUGCUGAGAAUGGGACUUGGUUUCAAAAGAUUGCAUUUUGUACAGUUAUUCUCUGUCAGCCUCCACCAACAGUUGCAAAUGGUAGUCACACAGGCAUGACGGCAAAGCACUUCCAGUAUGGAAAUGAAGUUUCUUAUGAAUGUGAUAAAGGGUUCUAUCUUUUGGGAGAGAAAAGUUUGCAGUGCAUAAAUGAUUCUAAAGGUCAUGGAUCUUGGAGUGGACCUCCACCACAGUGCUUACAAUCUUCUCCUCUAACGCAUUGCCCUGAUCCAGAAGUCAAACAUGGGUACAAACUCAAUAAAACUCUUUCUGCAUAUUCUCAUAAUGACAUAGUACAUUUUGUCUGCAAUCAAGGCUUCAUCAUGAACGGCAGUCACUUGAUAAGGUGUCAUACUAAUAACACAUGGUUACCAGGUGUACCAACUUGUAUCAGAAAGGCAUCUUUAGGAUGUCAGUCUCCAUCCACAAUCCCCAAUGGGAAUCAUACUGGUGGGAAUAUAGCUCGAUUUUCCCCUGGAAUGUCAGUCAUGUACAGUUGUUACCAAGGCUACCUUAUAGCUGGAGAAGCACGUCUUAUCUGUACUCAUGAGGGUACCUGGAGCCAACCUGCCCCUUAUUGCAAAGAGGUAAACUGUAGCUUACCUGAAGAUACAAAUGGAAUCCAGAAGGGAUUUCAGCCUGGGAAAACCUAUCGGUUUGGUGCUACAGUGACUCUGGAAUGUGAGGAUGGGUAUACCUUGGAGGGAAGUCCACAGAGCCAGUGCCAGGAUGACAACCAAUGGAACCCUCCCCUGGCUAUCUGUAAAUACCGGUCAACUAUUCCUCUUAUUUGUGGUAUUUCUGGUGGCUCAGUAUUUAUCAUUUUGAUUAGUGUCAGCUUCUGUAUGAUAUUAAAACACAGAGAAAGCAAUUAUUAUACAAAGACAAGGCCCAAAGAAGGAGCUCUUCAUUUAGAAACACGAGAAGUAUAUUCUAUUGAUCCAUACAACCCAUCAGUGAGGAGUGAGAGAAGAGGAGCAUUGGUGGAAGUAAAUAUCAGCCAAGAGCUAAACCCAUCAAGGACUCAGGGAAGAAAGUGGAUGCUAAAAGCUUUAUUCCGGAACCCAGCGCCAUUUCCCGCACUCUGGGUGGGGCUGCUUUCCACCCUGUUUUGCGGUAAGAUGGUGCUUCAGACUCGUGUGAGGGGAAUGGAGACCACUUCUUGGAGUUCAAAGCCUCUGGACCCCGUAGGGCGCCUUGUAGCCUUCUGCCGCGGAGGAGUCCAGCUGGCCGUCCUGCUGCUGUUCUUGCUGCCAUCUACUUUGGGUCAGUGCCCAGCCCCAUCACAAUUUCCUUUUGCCAAACCUAUAAAUCGACCUGAUGAAUCUAUGUUUCCUAUUGGAGCAUCUUUGAACUAUGAAUGUCGCCCGGGAUAUAUCAAGAGGCAGUUCUCUAUCCACUGCCAACAAGACUCAACCUGGACAAGUGCUGAAGAUAAGUGUAUACGUAAACAAUGUGAAACUCCUUUAGAUCCUCAGAAUGGCUUGGUACAUGUACCAUCAGACAUUCGGUUUGGAUCCUAUAUUAAUUAUACUUGUAAUAAAGGAUACCGCCUCAUUGGAUCCUCUUCUGCUGUAUGUAUCAUCUCUGAUCAAAGUGUUGUUUGGGAUGCUGAGGCACCUGUUUGUGAGCAGAUUCCUUGUGAGAUACCCCCAGGCAUUCCCAAUGGAGAAUUCGAAAGUUCAACCGGAGAAGACUUUCAUUAUGGAAUGGUGGUUACCUAUCGCUGCAAAACUGAUUCGAGAGGGAAGAAGCUCUUUAACCUGGUGGGUGAGCCCUCCUUACACUGUACCAGCAACGAUGGUCAUAUUGGAGUCUGGAGUGGCCCUCCUCCUCAGUGCAUUGAACUCAACAAAUGUACUCCUCCUCCCCAUGUUGAAAAUGCAUUCAUGGUGUCUGAGAACAGAAGCUUGUUUUCCUUAAGGGAUAUUGUGGAGUUUAGAUGUCAGCCUGGCUUUAUCAUGAAAGGAGACAGCAGUGUGCGUUGUCACUCCCUAAACAAAUGGGAGCCAGAGUUACCAAGCUGUUUCAUGGUGAAACCCUGUGAUGCUUUCCUGGGCCAGCUUCCUAAUGGGAGUGUACUGUCUCCAGAAAAUCCUCAAAUUGGGGCCAAAGUGUCCUUUUUUUGUAAUAAAGGGUUUCAAUUAAAAGGCAAUUCUGCUAGUCAUUGUGUUCUUGAUGGAGAGAAAAGUGUUUGGAAUGCCAGUGUUCCUGUGUGUCAACAAGUGAUAUGUAUUAUCCCUCAGGAUAUGAGUGGAUUCCAGAAGGGGUUGGAAAUGAAAAAAGAAUAUUACUAUGGAGAUAAUGUAACCUUGGAAUGUGAGGAUGGGUAUACUCUAGAAGGCAGUUCUCAGAGCCAGUGCCAGUCUGAUACCAGCUGGAAUCCUCCUUUGGCCAAAUGUGUAUCUCUAUCUCGCUCAACCAAUGGUCUAAUAGUUGGAAUUGUCGUUGGGACAAUCAUCUUUAUUUUAUUCAUUGUUUUCUAUUACAUGUUUCUGAAGUAUAAAAAACGCAGUACCACAGAUGAAAAGUGUAAAGAAGUGGGUAUCUAUUUAAAUUCUAAAGAAGACAGCAGUGUUCGCCUUCAGUCUCUGCUCACAAGUCAGGAGAACAACAGUACCACUAGCCCAGCACGGAAUUCACUCACUCAAGAAGCUUCCUAAAUAGCUGCAACGCAAAAUGAUGUCUGUGUCUGAAACUCAAAACAUGUCCUGUCUGUAUCACUUUUAAAAUAAACUGUUUUC